GACAUACAAACACCCUCUAAUAGGUUAAAAUUUAUCAUUUGGCGGGCUACGUUGAGAGAAGCCGUUGUAAUAGUCGUGCAGUGAAAGCGUUAGUGGCGUCUAUAGAAAAUGGCUGGCGGCAAAGCAGGCAAGGAUUCAGGCAAAGCCAAAGCCAAAGCGGUAUCCCGCUCGGCCAGGGCCGGAUUGCAGUUCCCCGUCGGCAGGAUCCACAGACACCUGAAGAACCGCACCACUAGCCACGGACGCGUGGGGGCCACGGCGGCCGUGUAUUCGGCGGCGAUUUUAGAGUAUUUGACAGCGGAGGUGUUGGAGUUGGCCGGGAACGCCAGUAAGGACUUGAAGGUGAAGAGAAUCACCCCGCGCCACUUGCAGUUGGCCAUCAGAGGAGACGAAGAGCUGGACAGCCUGAUCAAGGCCACAAUCGCAGGAGGUGGUGUCAUACCGCACAUCCACAAGUCGCUGAUCGGAAAGAAAGGCGCCCACUCGCAGCCAGCUUAAAGUGUUAUCGUAGUUGUAGAAAAGACUUAUGUGUCGAUGAUGUGUUUUAAUAUUGUUGGGCACAUGUUUGAUGCAAAUGCGUUCAGGCGUUUGCAGCCGUCUUGAAAUUCUAAAUGAUUUGUUAUUGAAAUUUGAAGUUUGGGUACUGCCGAAAUGGGGCGGUUUUUCACUUUUGUCUUCAAUUUUAAGUAAUAUCAUAGUUUUCUUUUAAUGUGCCUUGUCCUUUAAAUUUUUUUUUGUUUAAUGUAUUUAGAGGUAAUAUGUUUAGUACGUAACUACAUUUAUAAUAUAGGUCAUUGUAACUUUGUGUUCAUUUCAUAAUAUAAAUAAAUACUUUCCUACUUGAUUAA